CGCUGCAAAAAAGAAGAGAGUGAACGCACACACCGCAUCAAAAGACCACGAGGGAUUACGUCGUACCCAGUCCGAGAAGAGGAAGAGACCUGAGCAAGAUUACACUUGCCAUGGGUGUAACUUCAGACGAGAGGAUUGCCUUUCGGUCUGCAGGGAGCUGAGAAAACGGUUUGAUGGUCCAAUAUUGGCUGAAGUCUUGUCUCCUUAACGCACGUGCUUUAGGCCCGAAGGUACUCGUCAGGCAUGAGAUUCACGUACAGAGUAUUGGUGCUGAGCGUGCCAGGGCCCAAUCCCCCGUCCCUCACAACGGGUAAGAGUCUUACAAUCAUUGAAAGCCUCAAGCUGCUUUGGGAAUCCGUGGCGCUACCCACUUUGCAAUUCGCUAAACUCACGGGGAGUUUUUUCUCUUUCCCCCUGAUACUCGAUCAGAUCAGAAUGGAGACUGCUGGCGCUUCGGAACUCAACUCACAGGUUCCACCAGCGUCCUUUCCCUGUCGACUCCUGGCUCGCCGCCUCUGCGAGAAAAUGGGGGGUCACCACCCAGAGCCCCCACGUUCAUAUCCCUCCUACAUAUACACGGCUCAAGCUCAGAUCGAGUCGUUCGUCCCGUCUGCGCGCGCACGUGAGUGACGUGUCCAACGUUUGGCCAUCAUGUUUUCGAUGCUGACGAGCACUGUUCGCAAAAGGCCGUCCAGCAUUCUUCUCAUUCUUUUAUUGCCUCUGAUCACACUCUUUUACUUUCGCUAUGUUGUCGUGCAGCAACACAGGACGGAGCGUCUGGUGACCGAUUUACACACCUACGUGGCCGAGUACCCCCUCGAUGUCGCCCUUCCCGACUUCGCCUCGGUGGCCAACCAAGUGGCCGCCCUUUCCCAGCUCGCUGGGCUUUACAUGCGGCAGCAGACUCUCGAUCGCGGCCGCCUCAAAGAUUCCUUGGCCCACCUUUUCCCCUGGUGGAACGAGGACAAAUUGGCCUAUGUGCCGUGGAAACACCAGACGAAGCAGAAACCCUGGUCGAAGGAGAAGCCGGAGCUGAAGACGGGCAUCGUCGCCUGUGUGGGCGACGGCAACGUGGAAGACGCUCUCUUUUUGAUCACAAACCUCAAAAAAGUCCUCAAGAACGAACUCCCCAUAGAAAUCGCAUAUGCUGGUGAUUCCGACCUGUCACCUCAUACCCGAACGUUUCUCCGUGCAACCAGCAAAGACAUACAAUUUCUCGACCUCACCAAAAUCUUCGAUAAUUCCCUCAUUGGCCUCAAAGGCUGGGCCACCAAACCGUUCGCCCUAAUAGCCAGUCGAUUUCCCCAGACCAUUCUCGUGGACGCAGACGCGGUGUUCUUCUCACACCCGGAACGGGCUUGGACGGACUACGAGGGCCUGAGGGAGACGGGCACCUUGUUCUUCCACGACCGAGCCGUGACCAUGGAUCGGAGCGAGAACCGGAGGAGAUUCGUGGCCGAGCAGCUCGUCAAGACGGGACGGCAGCCGUCGGCGCGGCUCAACAGCAGCUCGCUGUUCUACAAGGGCUACAUCGGCGAGGAGGCGGACUCGGCGGUGGUCUACUUCGACAAGUCCCGGCCGGAGCUGUACGUGACGGCGCUGUUCGCGGCGUGGAUGAACGUGCAGGACGUGCGCGACGCCAUCACGUGGGACACGUUCUGGGGGGACAAGGAGUCGUACUGGCUGGCGGCGGAGCUGACGGGGGUCCCGUACGCGUUCGAGCCGUGGCAGGCGGCGCGCUUCUCGGAGGCGCUGAGCACGCCCGAGGCCGAGGUGUUCAAGACGCCGCGCAUCUGCUCGCCGCACAUGGCGCACUCGGACGCCGACGACGAUGAGCCCUUCUGGACCAACAUGGGCGUGUGGCAGAACAAGGAGGACAAGACCCUGGGCUUCGCCAACUGGACCCACUGGUACCUGGGCGCCCCGAUCGACCUGACCAUCCAGACCACCGCCGCCGCCAACCUGACCCAGGAGCCCAUCGCGCUCGACAGCAACGUCACCCUCUCGCGCCCGGAGAACGAGACCGAGGUCCUCGCCACCCAGGCCGCCUGGAACUGGCGCGACUGGACCGAGGACGCCCGCGGCUGCCCCCAGCACGACGAGUCGCGCUGGCGGCCCCUGAGCCGCGAGUUCCUCGACCGCCUGCACUCCAUCAUCACCGAGGCCGAGCACAUCCGAUAUGCCUGGACGAGAAAGAAGAUAGAAAUGAAUAACUGAGCCCCCUUUGGUUGGUUUCCUUUAUAUUUGCGCUGGCUGGGGGUUUGGGUUGGGAAGGGCCCAUGAAAGAGGCCUAGGGUUUUUGUUAUUACUGGAAGGACUCCAUAGAGGUUUUUUUUGCGGCGGAGUUGGAUACUGUGCCUACGACAAUAUAAUCUUAUGUCCCUCUUCA